UGUGAGGUAACCAUAGUCGAGUCAAUUCGCAACGAUUCUCUAGAUGAAUAGCAUAACUUCUUAAAAACGCGGGUAUAGUAGUAUUUGUAAAGAAUUAUAACGCGAUCAACAAAUUAUAAAUUGAGUAUUUCAGAAACAGGUGCGCAAACAUUGAUUGCGCAUCCUUCCCGCUAAAGAUUGUGUGGUGGUAAAUGUUGAACAGCACUUCAAUUCUCUUCGAAACUCACGUCCUAAAACCAUGGGGAUACUAUUCAGAAACCAAAGCCUCAGUAGAUGGUCCAUUGUCAUUGGGACUGCGUUGUUGAUUGGCGUCCUCUUUAUGAUGAUGGACCUCAAUGUCCUACUACCAUAUAGGAGAGAGCUCAGAGUGUGGCAUAAGAACCACACAGACUGGCAGUGGAACACCUUUGCCUCCACCACACCACCACAGUCACAGCCCACUGUGGAUGUUUUUAAGUGCUCCCUCAAUGACAGCAUGCAGAACAUUCCAUCCUCUAUCCCAUCUCCCCACCGUAACUUCCUCAUGUUCAAACACUGCAGGACAUUCCCCCGCCUGCUGUCUCCGACACCCUGUGAAAAAGGCCUUUUUCUCCUGCUGGCCAUUAAGUCCACAGCCAUCCAGGUGGAUCGCAGGAUUGCGCUCCGGACCACUUGGGGGAAGAGGGGAUAUGUUCAGGGUAAAAUGGUGAAACUGUUGUUCUUAGUAGGUAAGUCGUCAGACAGAAUACAGGGAUACCCGCUGCAGCAGCUACUGGAGUGGGAGAGCAGGCAAUUUGGGGACAUCCUGCAGUGGGAUUUUGAGGACAGUUUUUUCAACCUGACCCUGAAGGAGGUCCACUUCCUGAACUGGUUCACCUUGGAAUGCCAGUGGGCCCACUACGUGUUCAAAGGGGACGAUGACGUUUUUGUUCACACCAGCAAUCUAGUUGAAUAUGUUAAAGGCCGAAAGCCCUCUGAGCAACUGUUCGCUGGUGACAUCAUUCCAAGAGCCUAUCCAAUCCGGCAUAACCAAUGGAAGUACUUCAUACCAGUGGAGAUGUACCCCAACAAGCCAUAUCCUCCAUACGCUGGCGGUGGGGGCUACCUGAUGUCACGUCAGACUGUGCUGAGCCUGGUAGUGGCAGCGUCCAGCACUGACCUCUUCCCCAUUGAUGAUGUGUUUGUGGGCAUGUGCCUGCAGAAGAUUAAUGUCACGCUGACGCACCACUCUGGCUUCAAGACCUUUGGGUUCCGUCAGGUGGUGUCACACUUCAACCCCUGCAUUUACAGGGAGAUCAUGCUGGUGCACAAACUGAAUCCCACCGAGAUGUGGACCAUGUGGUCUCUACUGCAGGACACAAAGCUAAAAUGCUUUAGAUAAGGAUGUGAGGCAUAAGGUGUUGUGUGUAUGUUGCUGUACUUGUCUAUCUUGCUACUGUAAAAUAAGAAUUCCUUUCAUAGAGAAAUGUUCCUUAUGAAUGGUCAGAAAUAGCUUCCUUUCCUUCAUCCAUACGAAUAUUUGAAGUAUUCUGACAUAUUGCCUUUCCUGUGUGUUCAGACAAGCAAAGAUGGUGUACGAGCCUUACGGAGAUUUGACUCUUAUGACAAGGACCUUUCUAGAAGGUUUCUUGUGUUUUAGGAAGUUGGAACAGAGGUAUUGAUAGGAAACUUUAAAAACAGGUCUAGUGGGUUACAGAGGUAUUGAUGGUAAACAUAAAAUA